AUGCUUUCGCUUUUCGUCUCUGCCAACGCUUUGGCGGUUCUGGUGACUCUUGCCUCUGCAACACCUCGACCUCAAUGGAGCUCUUGGUCUCCGCCAGGCUCGAACACGACUGCCUCAUCCGUGUCAAGUACAACGACCAGUGUGUCAUCGACGAUUGCGUCCAGCGUAACUUCCGGUACCUCAGUGUCUCCAUCUGGCUCAACAUCCCCAACUUCACCUUCAUGCUCGGGGUAUUUUGAGCCCCUGGCGCCUCCUUAUCUCAACGACCUUGCACGCGCAGCCGGUAAAUUGUGGUUCGGUAGUGCAACUGAUCAACCGGGUACAGGAGAGGAUACCAACAUCCUCUAUCAGGAGAUACUGAAUGAUACCGACAUCUUUGGUCAGAUCACACCCGCAAACGACAUGAAGUUCUUCGCGACGGAGCCGGAACAGAACGUGUUCAACUUCACUGGCGGACAGGUGGCAGUUGACAUUGCCCAAGAUCAUGGGAAAUACCUCAGAUGCCACAAUUUGGUCUGGGUAUCACAGCUCGCUGACUGGGUGACCAACGGCAACUGGACAGCAGAAACGUUGACUGCGGUUAUGAAGAACCACAUUCAGACCUUGAUCAUCCACUGGGGGGAUGCCUGUUAUUCCUGGGAUGUCGUAAAUGAGGCACUUGCUUCGAACGGCAGCUUUUCUUCCAGCAUUUGGUACGACGUGAUCGGACCAGAAUAUUUCUUCCUCGCAUAUCAAUUUGCCCAAGAGGCGGUGGAAGCCACCGGCAAAGACAUCAAACUGUUUUACAACGACUAUGGUAUCGAGGACACCGGUAACAAGACGCAAGCCUUGUACGCAUUGAUCCAGGAGAUGCAAUCUCGAGGCAUUCAGAUCGAUGGUGUGGGCCUGGAGUCUCACUUUGAAGUGGGCGCCACCCCAAGCCUGGAAACGCAAAUCGCGGCCAAACAAGGCUACGUUGCGCUGGGCCUUGAGGUGGCCAUGACUGAGCUGGACAUUCGAUUCAUUGAGGCGAAUGCCACCAACUCUACUGGGUUUGCUAUGCAGGCCCAGAACUACUAUGACAGCGUCUCUAGCUGCGUCCAGGUUGACGGCUGCAUAGGGGUCACGGUCUGGGACUUUGACGAUCAGUACUCGUGGAUCCCAGGAACCUUCCCAGGACAGGGCGCCGCAGAUCUGUACAAUGCAGAUUUUACCCGGAAGCCCGCCUAUUAUGCGGUAGGCGAGGCCUUGCAGAGCGUGCCGUGUUCAGUCUGCUCCGCUUGA